UUGAUAUUAGCAGAGAUCUAGCUCGUUACCACUUAAUUAUUUCAACGCCGUAUCUCGCCGACAUCGUCUAAGUAUAUCAGUCGCCGCCGGUGCAUGGAAACUCCUUGGAUCCAUCACUAGGGCACGAUUUUCUUACAGAUUCAUAAUUCAUGGCUUCGUGGCUCAAAGUUGCCGAAGAUUUAUUUGAAGUUGUAGAUCGAAGAGCAAAGCUAGUUGCUAGUGAACUGUCGGAGGAGCAAUCUGAUUCUCAGUCACAAGCUUCUAAUGUGCUAGGUUCUUCAGCAGAAAAGACAAAGCCAAGGACAAAGGAAAAAAAAAGACUUUCUACAAAAAAAUCUCCCGAACCUAGUGAUACUGGACGCAAGGAAACAAAGUCAGAAGUAUUACAAUCUGAUGUAACACCUGAUAAAGAGAAGGAGACUUUUUCUUCUGACAACGAGGGAAGCUCUGGUGCUAAUUCUAUGGUCCAGGCAAAUCCUGAGCUGCAUGGAAACAGUGAGAAAGACACUCCUAAAGUUCCUUCACCUAAGCCAUUGGAUACCGAUUUGCUUAAAAAUGGUGUUAAUCAGGAAGAAGUCUAUGCAAUUGCUAGAAAUGCAGAAGGUUCAUUGUCAACUUCAAAUGGGGAGCUUCUCAAUGAGAAUGCUCCUGAUGUUCAUGUUGAGCACCCUCCAUCAUCAUUUUCUGCCAAAGAUAUUGAGGUUGUCAGUGAAGAUCAUUUAACUGAUGGUGGCCAAGAUACUGAAUCUCAAACUGCAUAUGUCCCUUCAAAGACUGAACAAGAGAAGUUACAACAUGUAGUUGCUGAUUCUCAUGUUAACUCUGAAGCUAAGUUAGAAGAAGAUGAUGUUAAAAUUGAAACUCCUGUGAAUCAAAAGAAACCACAAGAGAAAAAUUCUGGCACACCUUCAAAAAUGGUCCAGGACCAACUUGAUGAGGCUCAAGGACUGCUUAAAACCACCAAUUCUACUGGUCAGUCAAAAGAGGCAAGACUAGCUCGGGUUUGUGCUGGACUUUCAUCCCGUCUUCAAGAGUACAAAUCUGAGAAUGCACAACUUGAGGAGCUUCUAAUUGCCGAGAGGGAGCUGAGUAAAUCAUAUGAAGCUCGUAUAAAACAACUGCAGCAAGAUUUAUCUGUUUCUAAGAGUGAAGUAACAAGGAUAGAGUCAAAUAUGGUUGAGGCUUUGGCAGCAAAGAACUCUGAGAUAGAGGCACUUGUCAAUUCCAUGGACGCUCUUAAGAAACAAGCUGCUUUAUAUGAAGGAAAUCUGGCUUCACUUCAGGCAAACAUGGAGUCUAUUAUGAGAAACAGGGAAUUAACAGAGACGAGAAUGAUGCAGGCCCUACGGGAGGAGCUGUCUUCUGCAGAGAGGAGAGCAGAAGAAGAACGUGCAGCACAUAAUGCUACCAAAAUGGCUGCCAUGGAAAGGCAAGUGGAAUUGGAACAUCGAGCUGUUGAGGCAUCCACAGCUCUUGCUAGGAUACAGAGAGUUGCCGAUGAGAGGACAGCAAAAUCUUCCCAGCUUGAGCAGAAGUUGGCACUUCUUGAGGUUGAGUGUGCAUCUCUAAAUCAAGAAUUGCAAGACAUGGAAGCUCGUGCUCGCCGCGGACAGAAGAAAGCCCCAGAAGAAGCAAAUCAAAUGCUUCAGAUACAGGCAUGGCAGGAGGAAGUGGAGCAUGCACGCCAAGGUCAAAGAGAUGCUGAGAGUAAGCUCUCUUCAUUAGAGGCUGAAGUGCAGAAAAUGAGGGUUGAAAUGGCCGCCAUGAAGAGAGAUGCCGAGCAUUAUUCACGUCAGGAACAUAUGGAACUAGAGAAACGCUAUCGUGAACUAACUGACCUAUUGUACUACAAGCAAACUCAGUUAGAAGCUAUGGCAAGUGAAAAAGCUGCAGCUGAGUUCCAGUUGGAGAAAGAAAUAAAGCGUCUUCAAGAAGCACAGGUCGAAGUAGAAAGAAGUAGACUUCCUCGUCAUGCAUCAUCUUCCUGGGAGGAAGACACUGAAAUCAAAGCACUUGAGCCUCUUCCUGUGUAUCACCGUCACGCGGCUGCUGCAAGCAUACAGUUACAGAAGGCUGUAAAAUUACUGGAUUCAGGAGCUGUCAGGGCCACCAGAUUUCUGUGGCGAUAUCCUACAGCUCGAAUAAUCUUGCUAUGCUAUCUUGUGUUUGUACAUCUGUUCUUGAUGUAUUUGUUGCAUCGCCUUCAGGAACAAGCGGACAUUUUAGCUGCUCAUGAACUCGCAAAAUCUAUGGGUCUUACUGACUCUAACUUACCAUAGUUGGGGUGAAAUGCCCAAGGUCAGAAGUUAGUACCGACAGAGUUCUCGAAAAUGUAUGAUUCGAUAUCUGCAAGGUUGUAUAUUCCAUUUCCUUUUGCAGGCAAUACAGGGAAUGAUCCAAGAACACAUCUGAAAGUUGAUAGAAGUUAUGUACACCGGAAAUUUCAGUCGUGGUUAUUCCAAAUAUGCGAAUAUUCUAUGGAAGUGUUUGUUACUUUGGUAUCGAAUACUGCAGAUUGGAACGCUACUAUACAGUUAUGAGGUUUGAGAUGCAUCAAGCUUGGGGGCAGCUAACUCUUGUGUCCCAAUAUAACCAUUUUUACGUGAACGGGAACUCUGUUUACAGAAACAGGAAUGGCAGAAUCCGAGAUGAAAGGCAACAUGUAGACCCAAAGCCAUUAUCGUGUUGAUGAAACAUUCUUUUUGCUACAUACAGGCGAAUGCAAAACUCUGAGUAACUUCUUCACUUGUGAUCAACAUCAUGAAACGAAAAUGUUAUUGAAGAAAUACGUUGUGUAAGUAAUAUA